CAUCUGUCAAGCGCAUAACCGAUGCUUUGUGCGUUCGUUCAUUCAUUUUCACACAGUGAAAUAAAAAAUACUCCCGUAUUUACAGAAAACGUGGUCUGGUGCUAAAUAAUCCAGUGAAUAACAAAUUGUGAUUUUCCAAAUUACGUAUCUGUAAGUUACCAAUUUCCUAUAAACUUAACCUCUGUCGGCGAAAGGACAGAAUGGCGCUGAAAGUUUGGGUUGUGGAGGCCUUUGAAUUCAAAGACGAUACCCAGAUAGUUCCAAAAUAUAACAGAAAAGUGAAGCUGAGAGCAGACUACGACCCGCAAGGCAUUAGCUUACAGAUCCUGGAACUGGACGAAACCAAUCAACUUUUAGAAUUCCCUGUAGAUUCUAGUACCGAGUGUAGUAAAGUAGGAAUCAGUUCGUAUUUGUUCAAUGUUGAUAGCGAGACAAUUUUAAUAAAAUUUAGUAGUAGGGACGAUGCUAGACAAUUCACAUUAGCUAUAGCAAAAGUGAAAUUGGGAAAGGACGCUUCUGUGUUCUCAGUACGGACAGAAGAUUCAUCUGCCACUCAGUAUUUCCAGUUUUAUGGUUACCUCUCGCAACAACAGAACAUGCUACAAGACUUUGUUAGGACUUAUACGUAUCAGAGAGCAAUAUUAAGUAAUUUAGACGAUUUUAAAGACAAAGUAGUGCUAGAUGUAGGAGCAGGUUCCGGAAUCUUGUCAUUCUUUGCGGCACAGGCUGGGGCAAAACGAAUAUAUGCUGUUGAAGCCUCAACAAUGGCACAGUAUGCUCAAAAGCUGGUAGAGUGCAACAAUCUUACGAAUUCCAUAAAAGUGAUACCUGGAAAAAUUGAAGAAAUUGAACUUCCUGAAAAAGUAGAUGUGAUAAUCUCUGAACCAAUGGGAUAUAUGUUAUAUAAUGAAAGAAUGCUUGAAUCAUACUUGAAUGCAAAAAGAUGGUUAGCACCAGGUGGAAAAAUGUACCCUUCAAGGGGUGACUUACAUGUAGCACCCUUUACAGAUGACGCUUUGUUCAUGGAACAAUUUAGCAAGUCUAAUUUUUGGUUUCAAACUUGCUUCCAUGGUGUAAACUUGUCUGCAUUGCAGAAUCAUGCUGUGAGAGAGUAUUUUAGGCAACCUAUUGUUGAUACAUUUGAUGUAAGAAUCUGUAUGAGCAAGUCAGUGAGACAUGUGGUUGAUUUUUCAGAGGCUGAUGAGACUGACCUGCACACCAUAGAUAUACCUUUAGAAUUUCACAUUUUAGAAUCUGGAACAUGCCAUGGCUUGGCAUUUUGGUUUGAUGUCGCUUUUGCCGGUUCUCAACAGACAAUCUGGCUUAGCACUGCGCCUACAGAACCUUUAACACAUUGGUACCAAGUACGUUGUUUGUUAGAACAGCCACUUCUGUUAAAACAGGGCCAAGUGUUGAUGGGGAAAGUAUUACUGGUGGCAAACAAAAGGCAGAGCUAUGACGUCACGAUUGAAUUGACUGUAGAGGGCACGUCACAGACGUCAAAGAACACGUUGGAUUUGAAAAAUCCAUAUUUUAGAUAUACUGGAGCACCUGUACAGCCACCACCAGGUGUUUCAAAUGUAUCACCUAGUGAAAGUUAUUGGAGCCAACUAGAUGCGCAAGGAGUUCGAAAUGCGGUGAAUAUGGUUAAUGGAAUGUCUGUGAAUGGUUUAGGAGAAGUAUCAAUGGACACUUCACAGACCUUGAUCAAUAACAAUCUGAUGGCCAGCAAUCUCAUCGCUUUAGUGGAUGCACAGCAUGUACCAGAUCCGCCGUCGCAGCACGCGUCGUCUGGUGCCCCGGGGGGUCAACAGCAGCAGAAUCAGGGGGCGCAGCCUAACAUCCAUCCCGGGUGCAUUCCGAGCACGGGCAGGGGCGGGAGGGGCGUCGUCGCGGCCAGCCCCACGUCCACGCAUCAGGCGCAGUUGAUCGGUGGCGCCAUCUCGCCGGCGAUGUUCACUUCUCCUCCCGCUCCGACGCAUCACCAUCAGCAGGCGCAACAGCAGCAUCAGCAACCGCUGGUAAUGGCAAACUAUCCAGUGAGUGCCAAUCUGAUGAUUGGUGACUAUGCUAAACCAGGUAACGGAGUUGCGUUGUCGGUAUUCAGACAGUAAACAGUUCCAUAAUAGUGAGUUAUUUUAAGCGUAAAAACAUUAGAAAGUAAGCCGGUGCCGUUCAAAACUGCGAUUGGUUACCAAACGUCGAUAUUUUAACGAUUAGUUUAGUUAAGGUUUGAGUUUGCCGUUUAUAACAUUGAUCAUUUUUCUCGACGAAUAACGUAUUAAUUUUAGUUAGAUACUUAAGUAAGGAUGCUCGAAACUAGUUUAAAUCAACGGUAGUUGCACACACGAAGCGAAUAAUUUUUGCUAAAGUUGUUUUAGUCUCAUUGUAACAUUUGAUUUCAUGGAAGUAAGGAUCAAACAUGCAUGAAGAAGUAUUUUUAUUUUAUCAGUCGAAUUCACUAGAACAUUUUUACAAUUGACAAUACUUUUAGAUCUAGUAAAACGUAAUUAGAGUGUUUUUGUAUAAAAUACAUGAGGCUUUGACAAUCCUUUGGGUUCUCGUAGUUCAUUUUAUCGCCUAAACUGGAGAGUAAGUAGUCUCUGAUCAAGGCCGUACCCAGCUGAAAACAGAAGGGGGGCACCUCCAAAAAGUGUUUUGGUGGAAGUCCCACAAAUCAUAUCUGCAUAAUUAUGCUUGAUAUUUUUCUUUCUACUAGGAUUUCAUUUAUACAUUUUGUAAAGUUUGGAACGCAUCGAGUGUCUGACGAAUGACUCAUCUAAUUUUUAAAAAAAUUGCUUGGUUUAAGUAUAAAUUCUGAAUACUUUUUAUUAAACAUACUUUGACGUAGACCUCAGUUUUCGAAAUAUUCGCGUCAUACAUUAAUAUUGCAACAAUAGAAAGUAUUUUUUCACCUAAUCAAUGACCAGUAUCGAAAGUAAUUUUCUGACAUUCAAAAGUCUAAUAAGUGUUUUUAUUAGAGUAAUUGAGAAUGAUUUAACUGAAACCGAGAGAAUACAAAUUCUCAUGAUUCUGGGUUAUCGCGAUCGUCGAUUCACACAGCAAGAAGUUUGUGUUUUUUUUAAUGACAAAUAUUCCAACCGGAAUCCUAUAACAAGGUUUACUGUUGGAAAAGUUUUGAGGAAAUUUGAAAUAACAGGACAUGUAAAGGAACAACCACUGACGAAAGUACAUACAGUUUAUACAGAGUCUCAUACAUAUGGGGAUGGAAAACUACUUGGAUUACUUUUUUGAAAGAUUCAAGUAAGUCAGUGAUGAACCCUGUUGUAAAAGAAAUGUGCAGAAGGAUUCAUACAGCAGCGGACAAAAGUUUGGAAACAUUCUUAGUAAUUUUUAAAGUGUGCUAAUUUCUUAUUCUUAAUUAUUAAGGACUAUUUUUUUUCUCAUAUAGUUUGCUUACAGUCUUGAGGAUACCAACGACAAUUUGUGUUUGCUGUGCUACUACAGACUAGCAUUAAAAUACCUUCAUAUCAUAAACAUAUUUUUUAUUACAAAAAUAAAUACAAUAACUCUACAAAAAGAUUUAAAAAAUACACAUUUUUUUUCAGACGUCUGUUGGGAUAUUUUACUAAAUAUUUUUUACAUAAUCAAAUAAAUAGUUCCUAUUUUUAAAAGUUUUUCUGGUCAGUUGUCUUUUAACAUGCUCCCAGAGAUGUUCUAAACGGUUUAGGUCUGGAGAUUGCGAAGGCCAUGUAAGGACAUUAACAUUUUUUAGCCUUAACCAGUCCUUUACGAAUUUUGAGCUGUGCUUGGUGUCAUUAUCUUGCUGGAAUGUCCAUCGUAAAGGUAGUUCUUCUUCAGCAAAAGUUAUCAUGUGUUCACUAAGAAUAUCUUUGUAAUGAUUUUGAUCCAUUUUCCCAACAAUUUUAAGAAUUGAACCCGUUCCAGAACUAGAAAAACAGCCCCAAACCAUGAACGAAUAAAUACGGCAAAACGGAAAUGUCCCCAAAGGUAGACUUUAAUAUUUAUAUUAUACGUUCAUUCACAAUUUUAAUUUAGGUAUAUGAAAUAGUAUGUCCAGUUCGUUGCAACAGCUAAUUUGUUAUUGCAAAAAAUCGUUCAUUUAUGCAUCAGAGUAAAUAUGACAUUGGACAGACAGAGUGAAUUUUUCGUAUCUAAUUUGACAAUAUCUCCAUUACAUAACCAAAAAUGUUAUUUACAAAAAUUGUGGACGAUACGCUUCCUACUUGGAAUAUAGCACUCAUACUUCAUACGGACAUGAUAACAAAAAUGAUGUUUUUUAAAUCGAACACCGUACAUCUUUUAGUAUAUUCUAAUAGGGAGAAGGGAGAAGUUUUAAUUCCGAAAAUAAUUUCUCUUGGUUGAUAUUUAUUCGUUGUUUUUCUACAUUUGCUUAAAAUUUCGCCCUAUAGCCAAAACACUUUUAACAUAUUUAUUUUAGAAUAAUUUCAAAAACAAUUUUUUCAUAUUUCCACCAUUAUGAUCUCCGAAACGGUAGGAGAUAUGGGUCGGUUGAAUGGUGGCAAUGUUGCGUAUUUAUGUAUUUCAAAAAAUGCUUUUGAAAAGUUUUGACGCUUCCAGUAUCUCCAGAGAUUCACGGAAAAUGGAACGAAUUUUUCCAAAACCGUUUAUAAUUUCUCCUGAAUUUAUUUGAGAUUGAAAAAUUAAAAUAAACUGCACACUGACAUUGCCACUUUUUGAAGGUGGCAUAAAUAGAACAUUAAUAUGAUUUUUCUUCUUUUAUCCCCCGCGUCUCAUCUUUGAUUUAUGAAUGCCGUUUUGCAUAGCUUUUAAUUUUGAAUUCAAAUAUUAUAACAUGUCAUACGUUUCUAUAAAAAAAGAAUUCUUGGGAAAGCCUUGAAAUUAUCAUCUAGUCAUUUAUUUCAUGGAAUAUCAAAGAUGAUAACAUGUUACACAUUGAUAUAAAACUUCAACUGCCUAAUUUCAUAUAGUUGGUUUAAACUUAUCGAAUGAGGAAUAACAAUGUAACUCAUCGGUACGGACUGAUCGUGUGACAUUCUCGUUGCCGUUUCUGAGAUCCUAAAGGCGACGGUCGAAUAUCUAACAUAAGAGUUCAACUAGUCCUAUUAAUUUCUCAUCUACUAGGUAUUUCUUCAGCUUGAGGAGAACCCUGUACAUGAAUAAAUUAAAUUUUGUCAAAAACUAUUAAUAUUUUCUGUUGCCCGUUAACAACCCCCCCCCCCCUGGGUACGUCCUUGUCUCUGAUUUUCAAGUUUUGGCAUAUUUGACAAUGAGACUAGCAUAUUCUAUAAAUAUACUAUUUCAUUCAUUUCGACAGAGUGCAAUAACAUACACUGACACAUUGCAAUUAAGAUAAGAUACCUGUCUCCUACAAAGACUGAUUCGUAUUUAGACGCUAUUAUAUAAUUGUGCUUUGCUGAAUAGCUUUUUCUGUGGAUUUUAGUGACUUCGCAGUAUCUCGAUUAAUUCACAUUAUAACUAAACGAUUUCCUCGACAUUGGAAUAAUUUUUCGCGAAAUGGAUUGUCUUUCAACAUGGGCUUCUCAGAAUGUUGUUCAAAGAAAAUAUAUAUGGCGUUUAAUGCAUUUCUGUUCACGACUUAUCUGAACAUUUUAUUUUGAUUUGGCACGGUAUUUUAGUAUCUGUUUUGGUUUUGUGGACCAUUUUUUUGUCCUGAAGGUCCAAAAUUUGAAAAGCAUGUUGACAUUGUCGAAGACACGUUUUUGUGAUUUCUGGGAUAUUGUGAUUGACACAAGUUUUGAAACCAAUCGCAGUUAACUCCGUAUGUGUCUGUGUGUAUACAUAUUUAGAAUAUUGAGUGUGUGGAACAAUAAUUUCCCGUAAUAGGAAUCCGUUUCUAUUUAUUUCAAGUUCUUAAGUUUAUUCUAUUCUGCUCAUAAUUUUUGCUGUUAGUCAACAAGCUUUAGAAAUUGUAAUUUUUUUGGUUUCAAAUUAUGAACUAAUAGUGAAAAAUCAUUGGGUCAUGGGGGAAGAUUUUUUAUUCUUUUAAAAAAUUUUCAUUGCAACAAUAUGAUAAUGACUGAAAAAAUAAAAUUUCGCAUCAGUGAUUAUCUUCUACUACACACAUCAUCAAAAGUGUUGGACCCCCUGGCGUACUGGGAAACUAUAGCCUUCUAAUUUCAAUGUUUGAUAUAUUUUAAAUUGGCGAUAUUUUUACUAUAUUUAUUUAACAAAACGUUAAAUUAAUUUCAUUAAUAUGAAAAGAAAAAGAAAGUUGAAUAAGUAAGGUACCAAAAAUUUUAUUUUUAUAAAUCAAAAUUAAAGAAAAAUAAUCAUUCUAAAGAAGAAUAAAACAUAAUUAAUAACCAGUUCGGUGUCCUCUAGAUCUUAGCAGUGCUUUAACACGCCUUGGCAUUCCUAUUAUUCCGUGGUUAAUGUUUUCUUGGGGUAAAUUAUACCGCUCUUCAUUUACUGCUGCAGCCAGCUCAUUUAGGGUUGUAGGUGGAUCUAUUCUGUUCCGUACGGCUCGAGCUGUAGUGUCCCAAAUGUUUUCAAUGGGGUUCAUGUCUGGGCUGUUAGCAGGCCACGGCAAUCUCACUAUUUGGCCCCUUUCUAGAGCCCGCUGGACCCUUCUCGCUCUAUGUGGCCUUGCAUUAUCAUCCAUAAAAAUGAAGUUGUUACCGAAUUCAUUUUGCGAAGGUUGAAUAAUGGGUUGUAUGACAUUUUCUUCAUAAAUUUCUGCAGUCAUUGCCCUGAUAUGGCACAACUUCUCGGGCCAAAUUUAGUCGCUGUUGGUGUCCUGGUUCUCUCCAAACCCUUAUUCUACGGUCAUCACUCACCAGUCCAAACCUAACUUCAUCUGUAAAUACCACAUUUCGCCACUGUGGUAAAAGCCACUCCUGAUGUUCUGUAGCCCACUGGAGACGAGCAGCAAUUUGUCUACGAGUAAGACGUGGAUCCCUUAAAGGUAUUCUAGGGCGCAAAUUUGCCAUUCGCAAUCUUCUGAUGGUAGAAGUGGAAAUAACUCUUCGAAAGGUAUGUUGAAUAUGCGAUCUGACAGGUGUACUUGUUGAAAAUCUAUUCCUUAGGGCAAAUAGAGCAAUGUAACGAUUCUCCCUAUCAUCUGUUACUCGAGGACGCCCACUGCAUGGCCGAUUUUCGACUGAGCCAGUUUCUUGGAAUCUUUAAAUUGUUCGAAUAACCGAACUUCUUGGGAUACCCAAAUCCAGUGCUAUUCGGUGAUUUGAAAAUCCAGCAUGGAAGAGGGCUACUAUUCGUGUUCUAUCAAAACCAGAAAUUUCAGCUCGCGGCAUUUUAAAAGUUACAGUAUAAAAUUUUAUUCUAGUAUUUUUUGCUCAAACGCUACCGUUAAACUGACUUAUUUCUAUAAAAACCCAAACACAUUUUUAUCUCAACGGUUUUUUUGCGUUUUUUGCUUGCUAAAUAUAUACAGAUUUUUUGUUCACAAACAGAAUGUAGAUAACGUACCUCUAGACGGAUUUAUACAGGGUGUCCAACACCUUUGAUGAUGUGUGUGGGUUAAUCAAUUUUUUACAUAUCUGUGAAUUGAAUCUGAUUGAUUUGACCUAGGCUUGUUGACUGUGUCAUCUCUCUAUGUCCAUUUUCGAUAUUUACUAUUGAAUUUUGAGAAGUGACAUCUGAGUGAACAUUUUGUACAUUUUUUAGUUUGUUGGCUGUAUGUUUUGAUUACUAACUGAAAAAUUCCAAAGCCCAGGUUGUGUCGAAAAGGUUUGUGAAGACUUUUCGAACUUACUAUUAUAACUAUUUCAAAUAGUGUCUCGGAUACGUAUGUGUAUAUAUUAUCGGUAUUUUUAGGAUGCGCUAAUCUUUAGUUAACAACAAUAAUUUAUGUAAAAUAAGGUUAAUUGUUUUUAAAAUAAUUUCCAUGAUUCUACGGCACGAAGUUUUUUACAGCAGCUAUUAUAUUUAUUUUUGCCAUUCUGACGAUCAUAGCGAAUAGAUAACAAGCUUUAAACAAGGUGGUUAUAACAUUUUUAUCAACACAUUUCCGUCAGAUGUGUUCACUUGUCAUUAAGUCAUUAGUUAUAUAUAUUUUAUCAUGGUAAUCAAUUAAAGUAUAUGAACAGAUUCAGUUUUAGUGAAAUUGGUAAUAUGCAAACGUUUGUAGUUGUUUUUUUUGCAUAUCUUUGGUUGCAUAAUAAAACCGUAGGGAG